AUUCCAUCAUCUAUAUAUAUACUUUAUUUGUAUGUCGACAUGGUAUAUGAAACCAUGACAAUUGACAAUAUGAAUACAAUAUAAUAAUAUUGAUGAUCUCACCAGAAAAAAAUGAAAAAGAAUAAAAAUAUAACCGGUUCGUUUGAAUUCUUCGUUUAACGUGUGAAAUACGCAUACGCGAUUUAACAAAAAGAAACAUACGUUCAGUUUAUGUAAUAGGACUUUAAUCUAGAAAGGGACAAAGGACAAAAAAAAAAAUCUAUAACCACCAAAACUAAUCUUUUAUGAGACAAAUGAGUGUAAGUUAUGAUUAUACCUUUAAUGAAAGCUCAACAUCAACCAUUGGAUCUCUUAUGGGACAAAUGAGUGUAAGUUAUGAUUAUACCCUUAAUGAAAGCUCAACAUCAACCAUUGGAUCUGAUUCUUCACGUUAUAAUCUGAGCCGUCCGAUCUUUAAAGAUGAAAUAUUUACAAUAAUGCCAUUAAUGAAACUUGUCUCUCAGCCGCUGGAUCUUAUGAGUCUGUUUUAAUCUUAGCCAUCAGAUUUUGUCUGGGUCCCACUGAAAAUUUAAUCACUUUUCUUCUUCUUCCUUUCUUCUUCAACCAUACCCAACCACGAAAAUUCAUUUCCUUCACCAACCAAACCUCUAUUCUUCAACUCUCACCCACAAACCUUUACCUCUGUUUCUUAGGGUAUUUUUACAGGUUAUGACACCGUGAAACAUCUCAUUUGCGUCGUCCUUGGUUCUGAAAUCUAUUGGAAGUAUGGAUAGCAAUGGAUCUGUGGUGAUACACUUUGAACAUGGUGUAGACCGACAUAUUUCUACUUUGGUGAUGAAAGGAAGAUAUGAGGAGAUUACUUAUUCCCACUUGGUUGAUAGAAUAGGCAAAAAAACUGAAGAUUGAUGUAGAUGCCACCAAGCUUCAACUGAGUUACUUUCCGCUGGUCUUGAAUAAUAAAAAUUCUUGUUAUAUCUUGGAUGAUGAAGAUGUUUUAGGAUAUUUGAUGAUGGUAGAUAAGAAGAACCAACGUUGUGUCUUGCAUGUGGAACUUGCCAAAAUCGUCUCAGAAAAUCAGAGCAACGAGAUGUUUUCUAUGAAUGAGGAAAAUCUGAGUGAUGCCAGAGCUAAUGAUGGCAUGGUUGGAGUUGGAGAGUUGGAAAUUGUUCCUCAUAUUCAGGAGGAUGAGUUUGAGCAUGAGAAAAUCAGUGAAGAGGGUGAUGAAAUGGAUGAUAGGGAAGAGUUGCCGACUGUUACAGCAGUUGAACCUCCUGUUGUCAAUUCAGAAUGGGAUGAUGGCAUUGAUAUUAGUCUUCAUCAAGAAUUUGCGACUAGAGAAGAAGUGAGGGAUUUAGUGGACAAAGGUGUGCAUUCCAAUUGUUUUGAGGUUGAUAUACAGAAGUCGAAUCCUUGGGUUUACAUAUUGAAAUGUCGUGGGGCUGGAUGCAGAUGGUAUUUACGAGCUGCAAAGCUGAAGAACUCUGAUUUUUUCUCUAUCAGAACGUAUAGAAAGAUUCAUACGUGCUCUCGUGGAGAUGCAAGUGUCAUGAAGAAGAAGAAAAGAGGCACGCCAAUCUUGGUCGCAUCAGUGGUGCACUCUGAUUAUCCCGGCAAAUACAAGACUCCGGAUCCAAAGACUCUCAUAGAUUUGGUGCAGAACAAGCUGGGUGUUAAGGUUUCAUAUUCUACGGCUUUGAGAGGGAAAAAUAAAGCUUUGAGUGAUUUGCGUGGUAACCCGGAGGAGAGUUUUGCUAGGCUGCCAUCUUACUUGUACAUGUUACAAAGGAUGAAUCCUAAUACCAUUACACGAUUAGAAGUGGAUGAGAAGAACCAGUUUAAGUAUAUGUUCUUUUUGCUCGGAGCUUGCAUCGAAGGGUUCAAGGCGAUGAGGCAAGUGAUAAUAAUGGAUGGAACUCACCUGAAGGGUGUGUACAAAGGAGUGCUUCUCAUUGCCACUGCUCAAGAUCCAGAUCAUCAUCAUUAUCCCCUUGCUUUUGCAGUAGUAGAUGGUGAGAAAAAUGCAAGCUGGGAGUGGUUUUAACUAUAUUAAAAACUUUGAUACCAGAUGAUCCUCAGCUUGUAUUUUGUACUGAUAGAAACCAAAGCAUCAUCAAGAAAGUACACGAGGUAUACCCAUUGGCGAUCCAUGGAUAUUGCAAUUAUCACUUGUCUAAUAAUGUCAGCGGAGCUUGCAGCAAUGUUAACAAGAAAGGGGUUGCCAAAAAAUUUAGAAGUAUUGCUGGUAUUUACAGUGAGGUGGAGUUCAUCAAAUGCUACAACGAUUUCAGGAAAAUGUAUCCUCAAGCGGCCGAGUAUCUAGAUGACAGUGUUCAUGAGACAAAAUGGGCAAGAUGUAAAUUUCCGGGAGAAAGGUACAACAUAGACACAACCAACACUCUUGAAUCUAUCAAUGGUGUUUUGAAGGAACCAAGGAAAUAUGCGUUGUUGCCAAUGCUUGAUGUGAUCGUGGAAAAGAUAACAGAAUGGUUCAACAAAUACCGUCUAUUAUCUCUACGCGUACCAGAGAGGCAGAUACUAAUCCCACAUGUGCAUGGGAUAUUGCAUCACAUAUAUCCUACGGCUAAAAAGCUGAAGGUGACCGAGCUAAAUACAUUUGAAGGUCACUACAAUGUGCUUGGCGAGGAUGGUCAUGGUUAUUUGGCUGAUCUGAGCAACAAAACAUGCUAUUGUAGGUGUUUUGAUAUUGAUCGGUAUCCUUGUGUGCAUGCACUUGCUGCCAUCAUGGCGCGUGGAGAAAUGGCUGAACAUUAUUGUUCUAGGUAUUACUGGAUGGAGCAGUGGACUUUGGCAUAUUACAGGACAAUAUAUCCAGUGCCUCAUCAUUCAACAUGGGAAAGUUCUGAAAUUCCUGAGGAAAUCCGAUCUCAGGUUGUCCUCCCUCCGUAUGUGGAGAAAAAAAAAGGAAGACUACAAGUUACUAGAUUCUCAUCUGCCGGAGAAUAUCGGAGGAAGAGAAAGAAGAAGUUUCCACCAUUGAUUGGUGAAAACGAAGAAAGUGGCAGUGAUGGCAGUGACAGUGAUAGCAGUGGUAGUGACAGCAGUGACAGCAGUGGAAAUGGGAACGAAGGAGGUGACAACGAAGGAAGUGGUAACGAAAAAAAUGAUGAAUGAGUCUCAUUUGUGUUGUAGAAUUUAUUUGUGUGUUGUGGAACUUAUUUGUGUUGUAGAAUUUAUUUAUGAUUGUGGAACUUUAUUUAUGCAUUAUGUUGUUUCAAUCAGGUACGACAGGUGCAACAUGGUAAAACUUGAUAAAAUAUAACACUCAUAUAUAUGUGUUGUCUUACUGGUACAACUAGUAAAACUCAAAUAGGUUCGACUGGUAAAUCUAGUACAACUAUGUCAAAUUUACUAAAAUAGGAUCUACUAGUAUAACUAGUACAACUGUGCAGGUUGUAAAAUUUAAAUAUUCUUUUGGGUGUUCCCUAUUAAAAAACCAAUCAAAUAGUCUAAUUUUUAAGUGUUUGGAAAGGUUUCUUUGUGUUUUGUAUUGUGCUUUUUUUUUUUUUUAGAUUUCUAAAUCCAUCACAAAAGUUUGUUUGAUCUACCUUAUACUUUUAAGGUUUGUUAACUUGUUUGUCCACUUAUUUUUUGCAAAACAUACACGACAAGUAUUUUCACAAUAGUGAUGAUUUCAUUGUAUCCGGGCAAGCAUAUGUAAACAUACAACAGUGGUACAACUAAGGUAAUUGUAUUUUUUAUAUGGUACAACUAAUAUUUUUCGAUUUCACUGCCAAAGUAUAACUAUGUACAAACUGGUACAACUAAUAAACUAGUACAACUAUGUG